AUGGGUCACAACAACGAGGAAUAUUGCGUAGGAGAUGCGGACAUCACUGAGUGGGAAUACCUGAUAGCGGAAUCACUUACCGGUGCAGCUGCCGUAUAUCCCAACGAGACCAGCUAUGGCUUUACCGGUCAGUAUGCCCCUAAUAUUGCUUCCGAUGUCCUCGGCGACAGCCCAGCGUACUGUACCGGAUCAGAAGCAGGAGGCUUCGAACAACGGAUAAAUAACAUCGCCAUCUCAAUGAGCAAUACCCUUCGUACUGGCAAAAAUGCCGUCCCCAUCAAAGGCACCGAAUGGACCAAGGAGCAAUUCUUCGACGUCACGUUCUACUGGCUGUCUUUCCCACUCGCCAUAUACCUCACCAUAACGCUCUUCUUGUUUUCCACAAUCGUUACUUCGGGCAAAGCCGAUAUGCCGCUGUGGAAGUCUUCACAGCUGGUCUUACUGCCACAGUCCGCAACAAUCAAUUAA